AAAUAAUGGAGUAGGGCAGGGGGGUGGAGAGCGGGGCCAGCCAUCAAUAGAAGAGUGACCUCCUCAGCACACAUGGCCAGCUAAUUGGCUAUUGUGGGAAAGGAUGGGUGGAGAGGGGGCUGCUGCGAACCUCUAGCGACAGUUAAGUGGCCUUUGUGGACAGAAGAACUCUGUUGGAUUUUUGGCUUGGAAUCUUCCCACCUCUUUCAGAUUUUCUUGUUAGAUUCACCCUGUGUCAUUCAGGCCUCAUCUUUCACUUCAUUCUUUCAAGAUGACUACUUUGUGUACUGGCCUCUCCUUUAUUCUUACCAUUCCCAAACCGUAAGGAGACUGUGUAGGGCUUCUGCAGGCCUGAGAAGUGGCCUUUGCUGUUUGUUGAGAACUGUACAAAUGACUGCCGUGGCCUUCACGGCCGGCAGAAAUCGCCCCGCCUGUCUCGUCAGAGUGACAGUGACUGUCUGAUGGCAGAGACGGGGCGUCCUGGCUGAGUUCCCCCUCUUACACAAUACAGACCUCCUUCCUUCCAUCUCCCUUCACCUUCCCCGUUCCAGCAGGAGUACAGACCUGUAGCCACGAGUUAAUGCCUUCUAAAUAAGAAGACAUUGCAUGUGCCAGGUGUCACAAGCCGGUUCAUCCAGCUUGUCUCAUCUAAUACUCCAGGUCUCCUGUGAGGCCCGGCCUGCUGGCCUUCAGGUGACUUGCUGUCGUGAGGCCUAGGUUAUGGCCAAGCUGGAAGAAAGCCCUUGAAGCUUGCCUGGAGAAAGAAGCAUGCAGGGCCCCCUAGGCAGAGGAACAGGCCCUGGGCUGUCCCCUGUGGACAGACGGACACUUCUGAUCUUCACCUUUAUCCUGGCUGUAGCUUGGGGCCAAGUGAAUUUCACAGGAGACCAGGUUCUUCGAGUCCUGGCCAAAAAUGAGAAGCAGCUGUCACUUCUCAGGGACCUGGAGGGCCUGAAGCCCCAGAAGGUGGACUUCUGGCGUGGUCCGGCCAGACCUAGCCUCCCCGUGGACAUGAGAGUUCCCUUCUCUGAACUACAUGAUGUCAAAGCUUAUCUGAAGUCUCACGGCCUUACUUACAGCGUCAUGAUAAAGGACAUCCAGGUGCUGCUGGAUGAAGAGAGAGAUGCCAUGGCGAGAUCCCGGAGGCUGGAACGUAGUACCAGUAGCUUCAGCUACUCUUCUUAUCACACACUGGAGGAGAUAUAUAGUUGGAUUGACAACUUCGUAGCUGAACAUUCGAAUCUCGUUUCCAAAAUUCACAUUGGCAACAGCUUUGAAAAUCGGUCCAUUCUCGUCCUGAAGUUCAGCACUGGAGGUUCAAAUCGCCGGGCUGUCUGGAUUGACACUGGGAUCCAUUCCCGAGAGUGGAUCACCCACGCCACCGGCAUCUGGAUCUCGAAGAAGAUUGCCAAUACAUAUGGCAAAGACCACGUCUUGAAGAAAAUAUUGAAUGCCAUGGACAUUUUCAUUGAGAUUGUCACCAACCCUGAUGGCUUUGCUUUUACUCACAGCAUGAAUCGCUUGUGGAGAAAAAACAAGUCAAGUCAACAUGGCAUCGCCUGCAUCGGCGUGGACCUCAACAGGAACUGGAAGAUAGGCUUUGGAGGAAAUGGUUCUAACAAAAACCCCUGCUCAGAGACUUAUCGAGGGCCCUCGCCUGAGUCGGAGCCAGAGGUGGCUGCAAUUGUGGGCUUCAUCACAAGCCAUGGCAACUUCAAAGCUCUGAUCUCCAUCCACAGCUACUCUCAGAUGGUCAUGUAUCCUUAUGGCCACUCUCUGGAGCCUGUGCCAAACCACGAGGAGUUGUUCAAUCUUGCCAAGGAUACAGUGAAGGCUCUGCACAAGGUGCACGGGAUCGAGUACAUUUUCGGCAGCAUCAGUACCACCCUCUAUACAGCCAGUGGGAUCACGGUGGACUGGGCCUAUGACAGUGGCAUCAAGUAUGCCUUCAGCUUCGAGCUCCGGGACACUGGACAAUAUGGCUUCCUGUUGCCAGCCUCACAGAUCGUCCCCACAGCCCAGGAGACCUGGAUGGCGAUUCGGACCAUCAUGAAACACACCCUGAAUCACCCCUAUUAGCCACAUUACUCAGGCCAGAGCAGUUGGGGUUCACCCCUUCCCCCAAGGCCUGGGACUCCUCCUGAAUCCCAAGUUAAGCAUCCCUUCCCCACACCCUUGUUGGACCCUUAGCAAAUAGAAGCGAGUUUGGACAGCU